AGCUGCUUCCUGGGCUGCCUCUCUUGCCCUUCCCAAAUGUGAGUGCUCUGCAGCCAGCACAGAGAAGGGCCUCAUCUUCAAGGCACUUGCUUCUGCCUCCUGGUUUUUGUCCAAAGCCAAACCAAAUCACUCCCUGAAGAACUUGUGCUGAUCUAAGGAGGAGGCUACGGAGUCUCAGUCACCUCUUUGCUUCCCAAGACCCUGGCUGUGGGCUGGAGGGUUUUCUGCCCUGGCCUUUCAGGGGGUGGAAUCAUCUACAGGGAAUUAGGAUCUUGGUUCCUUUGGCUUUCUUUUGGUUUUGUUUUGGCUUUCACUUGAGCCCUUCCGACUGAGAAGCCCAAGCUGUCGCUGUUGAAAUCCUGUGGAUUUUUUUUUUUCUCCCCCCCAAGCAUGUCAGAAAGCUGGCAGCAGCCACAGCAGCAACCACAGCAGCAGCAGCCGCCGCCGCAGCCGCAACAGCAACACCACGCGGGGGCAACUCCCCUCCCGGAGCACUCCAUCCCCCCCAGCGCCGCCGACAACCCCUUGGGCUGCGCUGUCUACGGCAUCCUGCUGCAGCCGGACCCCGGCCUGCAGCAGCACCACCAGCACUCCACCUCCUCCUCCUCCUCCCUCCAGGCCGGAGAGCCCUCCCCUAAAUGCGGGGUGUGCGGCCACGACCUCGCCCACCUCUCCAACCCCCACGAGCACCAGUGCUUGCCGGCUCAUGACCGCUCCUUCCAGUGCACCCAGUGCCUGAAGAUCUUCCACCAGGCCACCGACCUGCUGGAGCACCAGUGCAUCCAGGUGGAGCAGAAGCCCUUCGUCUGCGGCGUCUGCAAGAUGGGCUUCUCCCUGCUGACCUCCCUGGCGCAGCACCACAACGUCCACAACGGCAACGCCAUCAAGUGCUCCAUCUGCGAGAAGACCUACAAGCCCCCCGAGGCCGAGCAACCCCAGCCCCUGGACCCCUCGGAGAAACCUUACAGCUGCUCCAUCUGCCAGAAGACCUUCAAGCACCUGUCGGAGCUGUCCCGCCACGAGCGCGUCCACACGGGCGAGAAGCCUUACAAGUGCACCCUGUGCGAGAAGAGCUUCAGCCAGUCCUCCCACCUGGUGCACCACAAGCGGACCCACAGCUCGGAGCGGCCCUACAAGUGCACGGUGUGCGAGAAGACCUUCAAGCACCGCUCCCACCUGGUGCGCCACAUGUACGCCCACUCGGGCGAGCCCCUCUUCAAGUGCGACGCCUGCGAGCUGCACUUCAAGGAGUCCUCCCAGCUGCUCCAGCACCCCUGCACCCCCAGCGGGGAGCGGCCAUUCCGCUGCGGCGAGUGCCAGAAGGCCUUCAAGCGGCCCUCGGACCUGCGGCAGCACGAGCGGACCCACAGCGAGGAGCGGCCCUUCAAGUGCGACCUGUGCCAGAUGAGCUUCAAGCAGCAGUACGCCCUCAUGCGCCACCGCCGCACCCACAAGGCUGAGGAGCCCUUCAAGUGCAACCUCUGCGAGAAGGCCUUCGCCCAGCCCUCCCACCUGCUCUACCACCAGCACGUCCACGGCAUUGAGAACCUCUUCAAGUGCAACGCCUGCCAGAAGGGCUUCGACCAGUCCUCGGAGCUGCUGCGCCACAAGUGCGCCCCGGGCGCCGCCGAGCGCCCCUUCAAGUGCGCCGCCUGCAGCAAGGCCUACAAGAGGGCCUCGGCCCUGCAGCGCCACCAGCUGGCCCACUGUGCCGAGAAGCCCCUCAAGUGCACCCUCUGCGAGAGACGCUUCUUCUCCUCCUCCGAGUUCGUGCAGCACCGCUGUGACCCGGCCCGUGAGAAGCCCCUCAAGUGCCCCGACUGCCAGAAGCGCUUCAAGUACGCCUCGGACCUGCAGCGCCACCGGCGCGUCCACACGGGCGAGAAGCCCUACAAGUGCCCCUCCUGCGAGAAGGCCUUCAAGCAGCGCGAGCACCUCAACAAGCACCACGGGGUGCACGCCCGCGAGCAGCAGUACAAGUGCAUGUGGUGCGGGGAGCGCUUCCUGGACUUGGGCCUGCUGCAGGAGCACAGCGUCCAGCACACGGCCGACGGCGCCUACCAGGUGGCCGCCUGCUUGCCCUGA